AUGACUACGACUUCAUACAAGAAGAAUGCGGCAUACAUUGCGUACACCAGGGGAAAUUUACGACCAGACGUGAUCCUCCCUCCGUUGGCGAGAAACAAUGACGGCCUCAUUUUCCUAGCUCCAGGAGAGGUCUACUGUCGAUUCCGGUUUCAAAACGGAACCAUAUGUCCAAUUAAUUGGCGUUUCCCGACCUAUCAUGCCCUGCACGAUCACUAUAGUCAGGCACACGGAUUGGAACUCGAGCGUCUCAAGUCUGGUGCACUGCCAGCCGAUACUCGACGAGAUGUUGAGCACUGGUACAAAGCUCUCAUGGGGAACGUCGUGACUGUUUGGACACCUCGCAGUGCUCACGUCCGUGGGCACUCGCCUCCGCCCGUUUCGAGGCCCGACUUGGAUGGCAUUUAA